UUUCCGCAGCCCCUCGUUACCUCUGCAGGCACCUGCCAAGUCUGGGGUACACGCUGGGAUCUCCCAAGUUUUACCAAACGAGGAAGGAAGCGUUAGCCCCCGCGAAAGAAGAGCCCAGGGCCUUUACCCUGGGACCGUAAGGCCGAGGGCAGGGUAAACCGGUCCAGGGCGCCCCGCCACCGCCCGCCCCACGUGUCUGUAGCCUCGCCCCGGAGGAGCAAGGCCAAAUAAAUGACUGCUGCCCGAGGUCUCCCACCCCGGCCCUCCCUGACGCUCCGGCCGUUCUCACCCUCCAGCUUGGGCAACUCGCACAAGAUUCCAUGGUGGAAAGCCGCAUAUCAGGGCACGGGGAAGACAUUCAGGAAAAGUGAAGGGAGAGAGCAAAGAAAGGAAGGAGAAAAAGAAAGGGAAGCGCCCGCGAGCCACCAUUUAAAGCCGGAGGGAGGCGGGGCCCCGAGCCAGCCAAAGCCGCCGCUCCGAUUGGCUCCCGAGGCGCACCGGGCAGGAGAUUGGCGGGAUUCAAAAAAAAAAAAAAGUCUCUCCCUCUGGAGGAGGAGGGAACCGUUAGUUGAUUCUCGGACCGAGCCUUCCAACCGCAUCAAAGAGGCCAAGGCCGAGGGGCGGGGCUACAUCCCGAUUGCGUCACCACCGUGGGCGGGCCAAGAAGCGGAAGUGCGGAGGCCGAGUUCAUCCUUCUUGCCUCAACGCACAUUCACCAUCUUCCACUCUGAUCUCCCAGUUCCUUCUAACACUCCCAUCUCUCAACUUCAUCUCGGCACUGGUGAUUUGCGCAUGUCUGGAAUGCGCGCCCUUCCCCCACCCCCGCCCCUUACAGCGCCUCUUCUGCUGAGGCUUGGAAAUCUUCUAAUGCAGGAAGCUUUACCUCAUCUCCCACACCAACUGCUUGUGCCUUACCUCGCAAACGAUCUUAUCCUAGCUCCUUGGAAGCUCUGCCUGGAAAACCCGAAUUCAAUUCCAGCAGUAGACACCAAAUGACUGGGCAAAUCACUUAACUAUUGACUGCGCCAAUUCAGCAAUUAUAAAAUGAGCACGAUAACAGCA